GAGGCACAAAGCAGCGAGUGAACCAAGCGAGUUGAGUUCCCCUCCGAUCGAAUUGCUUCCCCAAAUUCCAAAACCCUAGCUUUCCCACUCGCGCUUUUCCCCACUCGCGGAUCCCUUCAUAUUUUCAAACUCGCCGCUCGUGAUCUGCCCCCGCCCUUUAAGGGGCGGCAAUCGAAGUGCACUUUAUAUUGUAGUAGAUAUUAAGAACGGAGUGCAUGUAGUGCAGUGAGUGAAAAUAUGGGUGAUGCAUUACAUGAAGUGCAACGCAGGGGUGGUGGUGCACUUGUUGUUUCUCCUAAGAGUGACAUUGCAUUGUUUGAAGGGGACAGAGAUUUUGAGCCACACAAUGGCAUUGAAUUUGAAUCUCAUGGAGCAGCAUAUUCAUUUUAUCAGGAUUAUGCCAAAUCUAUGGGAUUCACCACUUCGAUCAAAAACAGUAGACGCUCAAAGAAAACAAAAGAAUUUAUCGAUGCCAAAUUUGCAUGCUCUAGGUAUGGGGUUACACCUGAGUCUGACAGUGGGAGCAGUCGAAGACCAAGUGUAAAGAAGACAGAUUGCAAAGCUUGCAUGCAUGUGAAGAGAAGGCCGGAUGGAAAGUGGAUCAUUCAUGAAUUUAUAAAGGAACAUAAUCAUGAACUUUUACCAGCUCUGGCAUAUCAUUUUCGGAUUCAUAGAAAUGUGAAAUUAGCUGAAAAGAAUAACAUUGACAUCCUGCAUGCUGUCAGUGAACGCACCAGAAAGAUGUAUGUUGAAAUGUCUAGGCAAUCUGGUGGCUGUCAAAACAUUGCGUCUAUCUUGGGUGAUGUAAAUUAUCAGUUUGACAGAGGCCAGUAUUUGGCUUUGGAUGAGGGAGAUGCCCAAGUUAUGCUUGAGUAUUUUAAGCACAUUCAAAAAGAGAAUCCCAACUUCUUCUAUUCUAUAGAUUUAAAUGAAGAGCAACGUUUAAGAAAUCUAUUUUGGGUUGAUGCAAAAAGUAUCAAUGAUUAUCUCAGUUUUAAUGAUGUUGUUUCAUUUGAUACCACUUACAUAAAAAGCAACGAUAAGUUGCCGUUUGCUCCUUUUGUUGGAGUGAACCAUCAUUCUCAACCUAUAUUGCUUGGAUGUGCAUUGCUUGCGGAUGAGACUAAACCAACAUUUGUUUGGUUAAUGAAGACAUGGCUUAGAGCGAUGGGUGGGCAAGCUCCCAAAGUUAUAAUCACCGAUCAAGACAAGUCCUUGAAGGCAGCAAUUGAAGAAGUCUUGCCAAAUGUACGACAUUGCUUUUCUCUUUGGCACGUACUGGAAAGGAUAUCUGAAAAUCUGUCUUUUGUGAUCAAACAGUAUAAGAAUUUCUUGCCAAAGUUUCACAAGUGCAUUUUUAAGUCAUGUACAGAUGAGCAGUUUGACAUGAGAUGGUGGAAAAUGGUCCCUAGAUUUGACCUCCAAGAUGAUAUAUGGUUUCAAUCAUUGUUUGAAGACCGGAAAAAGUGGGUGCCAACUUACAUGGGGGAUACCUUUUUAGCUGGAAUGUCUACACCUCAACGUUCUGAAAGUAUUAACUCUUUCUUUGACAAAUAUAUUCAUAAGAAAAUCACCCUUAAAGAGUUUGUGAAACAAUAUGGGAUAAUUCUUCAGAAUAGGUAUGAUGAGGAAGCCAUUGCAGAUUUUGAUACAUUACACAAACAGCCAGCUCUUAAAUCUCCUUCACCUUGGGAAAAACAAAUGUCAACAGUUUAUACUCAUGCAAUAUUUAAGAAAUUCCAAGUUGAAGUUUUGGGUGUAGCUGGUUGUCAAUCUAGGGUAGAGUUUGGAGAUGGAACUAUUUCAAAAUUUAUAGUUCAAGAUUACGAGAAGGAUGAAGAUUUUUUGGUAACUUGGAAUGAGUUGAGCUCAGAGGUCUCUUGCUUCUGUCGAUUGUUUGAAUAUAAAGGUUUCCUUUGCAGACAUGCAUUGAGCGUUCUCCAACGUUGUGGUUGUUCAAGUGUUCCAUCUCAUUAUAUCAUGAAGAGGUGGACCAAAGAUGCCAAAAGUCGGGAAUCCAUGGCAGACAGGACAAGAAGGAUACAAACUAGGGUUCAACGAUAUAAUGACUUAUGUAAAAGAGCUAUUGAUUUGAGUGAAGAAGGGUCAUUAUCUGAAGAGAGUUACAAUGUUGUUUUUCGUGCAAUUGUUGAUUCCCUGAAGAACUGUGUACAUGUGAAUAACUCUAACAACAAUUGUGCAGAAACUAGUAACAAUGCUUAUGGCCUUAGGGAAGCAGAAGAAAAUCGGGGUACCCUUGCUUUGAAACCAAGUAAGAAGAGGAACACACCUCGGAAAAGAAAGGUGCAAUUAGAGCAGGAUGUUAUACUUGUUGAUACUCAAGAUAGCCUGCAGCAAAUGGAUAAUCUUAGCUCGGAUGCAAUAACCCUUAAUGGAUAUUAUGGUACCCAGCAGAAUGUGCAAGGACUGCAGGUACAGUUGAACUUAAUGGAGCCACCUCAUGAUGGUUACUAUGUUAAUCAACAGAGCAUGCAAGGCCUGGGUCCAUUGAAUUCUAUGGCUCCAAGCCAUGAUGGGUUUUUUGGAACACAGCAUAGCAUUCCUGGGCUGGGCCGGGAAUUGGAAUUUCGUCCAGCAACUACUUUUGGAUAUAGCCUUCAGGAUGAGCCCGAUCCCCAUUUUCAUGGCAACAGUUCAAGAAAUACUUAAAAUACAAUUGAAGGAACUUGGACGGCUUCAUUGUCUUGACAACAGUUCAUAUUCAUACUUCAAUGUUUCUGUAAUAUUUUUACCAUUGAAGUACCUCAUAUCUUGACAACAGUUCAACUUCCUGUAUCUUUUACAUGGAAGUUGUCCAUUGUAACUUAAGCUCAAAAAUCUGUCUUCACUUGUCUUCCCUCCCUGAUGGUGGUCACCUCAAAAUGAAUUAUAUUGCAUUCUGCAUUGUCGUUUGUUUCUGGUGGCACAAAAAAUUGGGAAUGAACUGUUCGCCGCAAAUUAGAGUGAGAGAAUGCCCCGAAAAUCUGGUCAGUUUGUCACAAGUAAGAGGCAGAAGUUAAGGUCCUACCAUUGGAACAAAUACAAGCACAUCACUUUUCAUGGUAAUUACACAAGGGAGUCCAUUGGACCGAUUUGUAUAAUCAGAUGUGUUUCUCUAGUGAAAUUGAUGGAGUGAACUUGUACAUCGAAGCUGAUCACAUUUUGGGUUAGAAAUGUAAUGCAAUCUUUGGCACUUUUCCGAAGAUGUUUUAGCUGUUUAGUAUUCCUACCGUAUCUAUAAUAGAUUAAAUAUGAGCGUUCUGAGUUUCUGUAUAUCCAC